AAUUGAAAAUUGUUUAAGCAAGCAAGCAUCAAGAGCCAAAUAAAGUAAACGCAACUUCUUCACAGCUGUUGCCUUAAAAAUAUUAAUAAAAGACGUUUAGCUUUAAAACAAAAACAUGGCAGAAGCUUUGGACCUUCAAGCAGAUGAACGUGAAGCUUUAUUAGCAAUUUAUGAAGGAGACGAUGCCUUUAAAGAAAUAGAUGCAACAAAAUUCCAAUAUAAAUAUGGUGAAGACGAUGAUUGUAAAUCUUUUUUAGUGGAAAUUGAAUGGGGUGAUGAUUAUCCCUUAGAAAAGCCCAUUAUCAAUAUGGAAAUGUUCUACAAUCGUAAUUUAAUUCCCGCUGUUAAAGAAAAAGUCCGCUCGGUGUUAAUGGAAGAAGCUGAACAUUGGUUGGGCUGCGGUAUGACCUAUAACUUAUUUGAAUGCCUGAAAGAACAUUUAGAUGAAUUAACGUCCGAACAGCCCGAUCUCAUAGUAGUGGAAUCACCAGAUUUAAAUACAAUAGGAGUUAGCGCGAUACAUAUUUCAGAUAGUUCGGACAUUAAAAAGAAGGAACCGAAGAAAGAACAACUAACUAAAGCCCAAAAACGCAGGCAAUGGGAUCGCGCCGAUCAUAAGGGUGACCGGCCUAGGGGUUGGAAUUGGGUAGAUAUCGUCAAGCAUUUAUCCCAGACUGGUCACAAAGAACAGCAAACCGCUGAAUCGAAUGCGAACAAUACUAUAUUUCAACCGUUAAAUAGCUAGAAAUUAUUCACAAUUGCUUAAUAAAAUCAAUAGUUAAGUUUUUUGAUAAACUGAAUUAAAAACAAACG